GAAGAAAAUGGUUAAACAUUAAUAAAUGCCAUUUACAAUUUUGACAGCUUGGCCAUAAUUGUUAAAAAAAAAAAAUUGACAGUACAGUGACAUCGAAGUGACGUCCUGACCAAUUAUUAAUACAAGUGAGAUUUCUUUUCGAAAAAGUUUCAACAAAGUCAUUUAGUUGAUGUAAUCAACUGAAAUGUCUCAACAACUAGAACUAUUAACAGAGGUUCCAUCACAAUGGUUAAAUAUAUCAUAUGUAACACCUGACAUACAGAGGAAGGAAAUAAAACCAUUUGUUGUUUUGGCUCUUAAGGAAUUGGAAGGUAAUCCAGACAGCAGAACUUCGAGCUUAAUGAGUGCAGAUAAGUUUGCGGCGGUGCGGGAGGUGGUGAGGCAUGUGGCCCGGGCCCGGUCGGCCACUAGAGAGGCCUGGGAACUGGGGGAUAUGAAGGUGUUCUUAGAAAGUUUGAGAUUCUCACCAGACUGUGUCGCGGAGCUGGCAACGCUGCUGUGCGCGGAGCAGCUCUACGCCAACAUACCCACGCACCUGCGGGUGAAGCCUGGCCUGGCCGGCUUGCAAUGGAAGAUCGACAUGUCUCUUAGCCAAGCCAACAUUGAAGAUAGCACACCAGAACAUCACAAACAAAUACUCCGCCGAGAUACCUUCGUCCUACUCAUUCUCAAGCUGACAGACGGACAGACAAGGACAUACAGGUUAUCUAUAGCGAAAUUUCACGAGUUAAGGUUCGUGGUCGCGAGCGCGCUGAAAAGCAUGAUCGUUCUAGAGAAACGUAAGUGUAUGAGGAAAGACUGACAUACGUAUUCUUGGGGAUAGCUUACUCCAUAAACAUGACAUACGUAUUCUUGGGGAUAGCUUACUCCAUAAACAAAAGCAUUAGAACGUUUAGAGCGUUUUUUUAGCAUUAGAAAAAAGGUAUACAAUACUUGUCUUUUUAUUGAAAAAAGCUUUUUAAAAAUCAGUAACUAAUAAUUAUGAAAGCAAAAGAAUGUAUGUGAUUUAUAAUAUUGGCCGUGACUUAUUUUUCAAAAGUGUUUUUCAAAAGACACGUGAAAAUCGCUUACCUUCUUUCUCAUGCUAAAAAAAAAAGAAAUAUAGGGAUAUAUACUCUGAUGGCAAGCCAGCUUUUCACUAGAGAAAGGCGGCAAAUGAAAACAUGUUAGACGUUCAAUCUCCCGUACUAGUUUUAAAUUGCGAGACCUUUCUACUGACAAAUUUGGGUUGCUAGAGUAAAAGUAGGUACGGUCACGUCUGAAAAUAUCGAUACGAAAAAAGUGCCAAAUAUAUGUAUACACGAUUUUAUCGCCCACAUAUUGAGGUAUUGUAUACAUAUUUUUGGUAUCGAUAUUUUCAGACGUGACUGUACACAGUAUGUCACGCACUUACAACUACUCAAAACCCUUUACAAAAUUAUAUCAGCGCCAUCUAAUGGGUUGAAUCCUAAACUUUACUGCGUAAUAGCAAAGAAAAUUUGAAAUAGAGGUGACACAGUAAAUUUACUGCCUACUUUCGACACAUGAUUAAAACUUUUAGAACGCCAUUUGACUUUGAUCCUUGUUAUUUUACUGAUAUGUGUUAAAUUUGUUAAAUAUCAAAAAUUAGCGCCAUCUAAUAGAUCAAAGGCCACAAGUGUGGGCUAUGGCAGCAUCGUUUCGAGCGAUGGCACCAUAACCUUUAGGUUGUGCCCGGUAAGAUGGCGCCACUUUUUGAUAUUUAACACAUCAUGAUAUCAGUAAAAGAAUAAAGAUCCAAGUCAAAUGUGUUAAAUAUCAAAGUGGCGCCGUCUACUAGAUCGUAGGCCAUGGUAUGGCGGUACCUUUUCGAGCGAUGGCGCCAUACCUUCCACGUCUAUUUCAGAUUAUCUUUGGUAAUAUAUAAGUACUAAUUACCUACUCAAAUGUAAAAAAAAAAACUGCAUGUGAAAAGGCCUUUAAAAAGUCUGCUGUUAAACACUUUAGCGGUAUUCAUAAAAACCUAACAUCAAAUAAGAUAAUAUAGGUAACAUGCAUUAGGUUAAUCUAUUUUUGAAACUAUCUGGCAUUCAGAUGUAAUUCAGAAUUACCAGAAUGCGGCUAUUGUUAUUAAAAAAAAAAACAUUCCCUAGUGACAGUGGGGCGGCACUGGGGGCCUACCGCAAAAACCGAAAUUCGCAAAUUGCGUGGAUCUUUCUCUUAUACUCUCACAAAGACGUAAUUAGAAUGACAGAAAAAUGCCCGCAAUUGACGAAUUACGAUUUUCCCGGUAGCCUCCCUGGGGGCCUACCGCAAAAACCGAAAUUCGCAAAUUGCGGGGAUAUUUCCCUUUUUCUCUUACUAAUACAUAAUUAGGGUGACAGAGGCAAAUGCCCGCAAUUGACGAACUUCGAUUUUCCCUGAUCCUUUCGGACAUUCUCGGCUCCGUUCGGCUCAGCAUUGUGUAACAAAGUUGUAUUUUUCUUGUAGAUAGGACUUGUUAUUAAAUCGGUGCGAUUGCAUUUUUUAUGUAAAGUCUAUUUUUAUUAAUAAAAAAAUCAAA